AUGAGGCUACGGAGCUCAGAGACAGGAUGGCGGUGCCUCCUAAUAUCAACACUUCUCUAUACUAGCGCGUGGGCAAAGAAAGAUGCGCCUAGAGUUAGUUAUGCCAAAGUAGAAAAUGUCCCACACAAUCUGCGGUACUUCGACGAUUCCGAUGUGUUACUGUAUGAGGACAGAGACGAUGCGGUUGUUUACAGAUCAGUGGAUGCAGGAGAGACGUGGAAGAAAAUCACCGCCGUUCCUGAAGGCAAAAUGCUGGAGAUUUCGAUGCAUCCAUUCGAUUCGAAAAGGGCAUACAUUAUAACGUCGGAGAAGAGUCAUUGGGCAACAAAUGAUAGAGGAGAGCACUGGGAGGAAUUCUAUACGGAUAAUCAAGCUAGUGUAUUCAGAGAGGCGCUGAGUUAUCAUGCAAAAGAUCCAAAUAGGAUUAUCUUCAAUGCAAUGGAUUGUACGGGCAUUUUCUGCGAAGAGUUGUCUAUGUACACUACUAACGGAUUUGACGAAACUACUAAGUUCCUACGUUCCGACACUGCGGGCUGCCGCUGGGCAGUCUCGUCACCGGAGUUUACAACUGGCCAGAAGGACCUUGACAAAGACAGGAUUCUCUGUGUGGCUAAAGGCAGAUAUUCUGUAUGGAGGACAGACUACCGACUUGUUGUCUCUGAUGAUUUCUUCACUUCAGACGGCGAAGAUAUACAAGAAUUUGAGCCAGAACUGGAGCCAGGUCGAACGAUCAAGGGAAUUGUUUCUAUCGCACCCCAGAAGAAGUUUCUGAUCACAGCCGCGGGUGCUGACCGCACUGACGAGAUGGCACUAUACGUGUCUGAUGAUGCCAUUAAAUGGCACCGAGCAGAAUUUCCACACGACCAUAAAUUGAUCAAAGAAGCGUAUACCGUCUUGGAAGGAACUAAUUACAGUAUCCAAAUCGAUGUCUUGAACACGCGCCCACUCAAUGCUAUGGGGGUCAUGUUCACCAGUAAUUCGAACGGAACGUAUUUCACCCGAAAUAUCGAGCACACAAAUCGAGAUAUGGGUGGCUAUGUUGACUUCGAGAAGAUGGCUGGAGUGCAAGGAAUUGUGAUGGUCAACGUGGUUGAUAACUUUGAAAAAGUCGAGAAAAGUUUCAUGGAAGUGAAGAAGAGAAAGUCCAAAAUCAGUUUUGAUGAUGGACGAACUUGGCAACCUCUCAAGGUCAAGGACAAAGAUCUUCAUCUCCAUUCCGUCACAGAGUUGGACAAUUCUGGUCGGGUCUUCUCGAGUCCGGCUCCAGGUCUGGUAAUGGGAAAUGGUAAUACAGGAGACUACUUGGGGGAAUGGGAUAAAUCUAAUCUUUAUGUAUCUGAUGAUGCGGGAGUUACGUGGCAUCAUGCCCUCGACGGACCACACAAGUACGAAUUUGGAGAUCAGGGAUCCAUUCUUGUGGCUGUACAGGAUAGUAAUACAAAGGUGGUUAAGUACUCACUAAACCACGGCAAAGAUUGGAAGGAACUCGAACUCAAGGAUAAAAUCCUCCCGCUGCAAUUGGUCACAACCUCCGAUUCAACAAGUCUUAAAUUCCUCAUGAUUGGAGUGGAUGAGUCGGACAAGAAGCAGAAUUACUAUAUGAUUGCACUUAACUUUGACGAAAUGCAUGAAAGAGAAUGUAAAAAGGAUGAUUUGGAGAAGUGGUACGCGAGGCUGGAUGAUGACGGUAACCCAGCUUGUCUUAUGGGCCACACCCAAUAUUACAUGCGUCGCAAAGCCGACGCAGAAUGCUUCAUGAAACAAGAAUUCAAAGACCCAGUUGUUCAAACAGACGACUGCCCUUGUACAGACGCCGAUUUCGAGUGCGAUUAUAACUUUAUCAGGAGUGAUGAUCUUAAGGAAUGCAUACAAAAAGGUGCUUUGAUCGUUCCGGAAGGUCAAUGCAAAGCAUUUGGUCCCGAUGACACGUUCAAAGGAUCUUCCGGAUGGCGUCUAAUUCCAGGAAAUACUUGUAAGCGAGACAGUGGCAAGCAGAAGGAUGAUUUAGUCGAACAUAAAUGCUCGACUUCCGCAGCGCCUCCUGCUUCCGGCAAAGGAAACUCGACUGAAUUCACAUUCAAGGGCAAAGCAUUCCUGGAUAAACAAUACCUUGAAAGAACUGGCGUUAGCACCCAGGUGGACGAAACAAUCGUAUUACAAACCGACCAGGAAACAGUCUGGCUCACUCACGAUCAUGGAAAAACGUGGAAGCAGAUCCUGAAGGAUGAGAAAAUUGUUCGAAUUUACGCCAAUCAGUACUUUAAUGAUGUCGUAUUCUUCUUGACAAAGACCGAAACUGUUUUUUACUCUGUCGACCGUGGAGAGAAUAUCAGAAGCUUCAAAGCUCCCCAUCCACCAAGUCGUGAAGCUCUCGCAAUGAACUUCCACCCUAGAAAAAAGGACUGGUUCAUAUGGAUGGGUGAGAAGUGCGAAGGUACUGGUAACUGCCAUACUGUAGCUUCGCUCACGGAAGACCGAGGAGAUAGCACCUGGAAAACGCUCCAGCGAUAUGUCCGAAAGUGCGAGUUCAUCAAAGAAGUCCCAAAUCAACAACGUGAUGAUAAAUUGAUUUACUGCGAAGUCAAAGAACGUGAAAACAACGACGCUAACAAUCCGUACCAGCUUGUCUCGAGCACAGACUUUUUUAGUGAGCCGGCCACAGUGCAUUUCACCAAUGUAGUUGAUUUCGCUACGAUGUCCGAGUUCAUUGUUGUUGCUACAAAAGAUAAUGAGCACCAAACUCUAAAAGUCGAUGCAAGUUUUGAUGGUGUCAACUUUGCCGAUGCGAAGUUCCCUCAUGGUUUCGAAAUUGAUCAUCAAGUCGGUUACACUGUGCUUGAUAGCUCUACUCAUUCUGUUUUUCUUCAUGUUACAACGAACAAUGAGAAGGGCAAGGAAUUUGGAACCAUCAUUAAGAGUAAUUCUAAUGGUACUUCAUACGUUCUAAGUUUGAAUGCUGUGGAUAGAGACAGCGCUGGUUAUGUGGACUUCGAGAAGAUGUUUGGAAUCGAAGGAGUUGCCGUGGUCAAUGUUGUUGCGAAUGCAGGAUCGAAGAACUACAAGAAGGAAAAUAAGAAGCUCAAGACCAUGAUUACCCACAAUGAUGGUGCAGAAUGGGCUCCAAUAAAACCUCCUGCACAAGGUCCAGAUGGAAAGAAGUGGGGAUGCAGUGGUUCAGAGGAAAAAUGCUCAUUGAAUAUUCAUGGUUAUACCGAGAGAGUUGAUAAAAGCCAUACCUACUCUUCUCGAUCAGCAAUUGGUUUGAUGAUGGGCGUUGGAAAUGUUGGCGAAUUCCUCACAGAUUACAAAGAUGCCGACACCUUUAUUACCACGGAUGCUGGCAUAAAUUGGAAGUGGGUCAAAAAGGGAGCUUACAUGUGGCAGUUUGGAGAUCAAGGCUCAAUCAUCGUCAUCGUGAAAGAACACGCAUCGGUAAAUGAAGUCCACUAUUCUCUAGAUGAGGGAGAUACUUGGAUUCCAUAUAAAUUCUCCGACGCGGAAAUGAAGGUUGAGGAUCUCACCACGGUUCCAAGUGACAACGCUCGAAAUUUUCUUCUUUGGGGUACAGUCGAUGGUGCUCUCACAGCUAUCAAUCUUGAUUUCUCGGGUUUGAGGGACAGGCAGUGUGAUCUUGAUGAGAACGACGUUGAGGGUGGAGAUUAUUAUCUUUGGCAACCAAAACAUCCUCUGCAAAAUGAUGACUGUCUCUUUGGACAUGUCUCGCAAUAUCAUCGAAAGAGAACUGAUGCCGAAUGCUACAAUGGAAGGCUAAUUCCUUCGCUUCAUAAUAUUGCCAGAAAUUGCAGCUGUACUAGGCGAGAUUUUGAGUGUGAUCUUAACUACGAACGCCAAGGCGAUGGAUCAUGUGUUCUCGUUAAAGGUUACUCGCCACCAGACCAUUCCGAAAUCUGUCGCAUCGAUGAAAACGUCGUGGAAUAUUUUAAACCUACAGGAUACCGUCGUCUUCCCCUCACAACAUGCCAAGGUGGUAGAGAACUGGAUGUUAGUGAUGAAGCACAUUCUUGCGCGGGUCAUGAAGAUGAAUUCAAUAGGAAACAUGCGGCUUCAGGUUGGGCCAUCUUCUUUGCGAUUAUUAUUCCUAUUGGCAUUGCGGCUGCGGUUGGUACUUGGGUUUGGAGAAACUGGACUGGUAAAUUCGGUCAGAUUAGGUUGGGUGAACAAGCAUCAUUCAAUGACGAAGCUCCAUACAUUAAAUACCCAGUAAUGGCCGUAGCAGCAGCAGUAGCAGUCGCGCAAGCAAUCCCACUCCUUGCAUCGUCACUAUGGCGCUCAGCUUCAGGGGCUUUGGGGAGAAAUGUGCCGAAUAGGAGAUUCACGACUAGAGACAGUUUUGCGAGAGGCAGAGGAGAUUACGCGGUUGUGGAUGAGGACGAGGGGGAGUUGCUUGGGGAGGAUAGCGAUGAGGAGGUUUAG